GUACUGAGUUUGUGCUGCGAAGCUUGCAAGAAAGUAGUUUUUCGUGUUCCUUCUGAGCUAGAGGCUGACACGUUAGUUGGCAGAGUUGAUUUGAAAGAAUGCCUUCAGUCUGCAGAAUUUAUCAGUUCCAGUGAUGGGAACUUCAAAAUUUUAGAGGAUGGUUCUGUGUACACAACAUCUGCUGUUUCUUUGUCUGCUGAGAAAAAAACUUUUACCAUAUUACUUAAAGACAUUCAAGAACAUGUACAAAAAAAAAUACAUGUUAGCUUGGUGGAAGAAGAAAAAAAGAAGACCAGGCAUGCUAGAGAUACGGUUCUCAAGCGAACCAAAAGAAGGUGGGGCCCUAUCCCAUCUGUUAUGAUAGAGAACUCACUGGGACCUUUUCCACUACAAAUUCAGCAGGUCCAGUCAGACACAGCUCAGAACUACACCAUUUAUUAUUCUGCGAGUGGACCAGGAAUUGAUCAAGAUCCAAAGGGUUUGUUUUACAUAGAAAGAGAAACUGGAAAUAUCUUUGCUACUCGUGCAGUAGACCGUGAACAAUAUCCAAGCUUUCAGAUCAUUUGCUUUGCAACCACUGCGGAUGGUUAUUCACCAGAGGUACCACUUGUGCAUACAAUCAGGAUAGAGGAUGAUAAUGAUAAUGCCCCAUAUUUUACACAGGACGUUUUUGAGUUUCUUGUCCCUGAGAAUUCCAAACCUGGUAUAAUUGUUGGAAAAGUGACUGCAGAGGACAGAGAUGAGCCUUACACUCUGCAUACUACAUUGAAAUACCGCAUUGUGUCACAAAAUCCACUGCUACCCCCAGCAUUUUCUUUACAUGGUGACACAGGUGUCAUUUCUGUAUCAUCACCACAGCUGGAUAGAGAGCUGGUACCCAGUUACACUUUGUUAAUUGAAGUGAGAGAUAUGGCAGGUCAGCCUUUUGGUUUGUGCACUACAGGAACAGCUGUCAUUAAAAUCGAAGAUACAAAUGACAAUGCACCAUGCUUUAAACAGAUGCAAUACGAAACACGAGUGGAGGAAAACAGAGUGAAUGUAGAAAUACUAAGAGUCUCUGUUGUUGAUCUUGAUGAACCUGGUUCACCUGGCUCAGGAGCAGUGUAUGAAAUUAUAAAAGGAAAUGAUGAUCGGUCCUUUGAAAUCACAACAGACAGAAACACAAAUGAAGGAAUACUGUGUGUUGUUAAGGGACUGGACUAUGAAAAUGCCAAGCAAAGGAUCCUCGUGAUUGCGGUCAACAACGAGGCACCCUACGUGCUGGCGCCACAUUCACAGCAACUUUCCCAGAGCACCAGCUCUGUUACAGUGCAUGUCCUGGAUGUGGAUGAGGGGCCGGUGUUUAAACCCUGUUUCUUACGCCUAGAGGUUAAAGAAUGCGAGGAGAUUGGGGCGAAUAUUGGGAGAUACAUAGCAGAAGAUCCAGAAACUGGAAAUAGUGAAGGCAUAUGCUACCGGAUACCACCUGGCCAAUGUAAUUGGAUCAGCAUAGAUGAAAAAUCAGGUGAAGUCAGAACCAUUAAAGUCUUGGACCGAGACGUAGGAGAAAUGAGACGAGGUCAAUGCAAUAUCACCGUCCUCGCAAUAGACAGGAAUGGCAAAACAGGCACUGGAACAAUUCAGGUUGUCAUCCAGCCUGGGAACAAGAAUUACCCACGAAUCACUAAAACCGACUAUAUAAUGUGCAGAGACAGAAAGCCAAUCUGCCUUACUGCACAGGAUGGCGACGAGUCUCCUUACAGCACGCCCUUCGUAUAUCGCAUAACUGACCGUAGGUUGGCUGCCAGGUGGAAGAUAAGUCGGCACAACGAUAAUUCUGUGUAUCUCUCACCAAAGGAUGAUACUCCAUUUGGGGUAUACGAUAUUCCUGUAAGUGUGACUGAUAACGGAGGAAAGGUGGGAGAGCACAACAUAAGAGUCAACUUCUGUGAUUGCCUUACCCCAACCGAAUGCGAUGUCAAGUCCCGUGAGCUUUCUGCUGGAAACGUUACUCUUGGCUUAUGGGCCAUCCUUGCAAUGAUCUUAGGAUCACUCUUACUGCUGCUAAUUCUGAUCACAAUCUGUGGCUGCUGUGGCUCUGGGGUAAUGCACAGGCAUGUGACUGAUGAUUGUGCCAAUCACAAUUUAAUCAUUUCAAAUACAGAAGCUCCAGGAGAAGAAGUGAUGGAUCAAAAUAUAAUUCCUCUACAAAAUACAAAUGAUCAAGGAGGGUAUGGAAUAAAAACAGGAGAGCAACAAACAUUUGAAAUGAUAAAAGGAAGAGGGCAUACCUUGGAAUCAGUCAAGGGAGGUGGACAUCAGACUCUGGGAUCAGUUAAAGAAGGAGGAGGACAGCCUGUGAUGGAUACGUGUAGAUAUUCCUACUCAGAAUGGCAUAAUUUCACACAUCCUCGUUUAGGUGAAAAGGUGCAUCUAUGCAGACAGGAUGAAGAACAGAAGCAUUCUGAAGAUUAUCUCCUUUCAUAUAACUAUGAAGGAAAAGGAUCCUUGGCUGGCUCUGUAGGCUGCUGCAGUGAUCAGCAAGAGGAAGAGGCACUUGACUUCCUAGAUCAGCUGGAACCCAAGUUUAGGACAUUAGCAGAAACAUGCGUAAAAAGAUAA